AUGACAGCUUCUCUACAACAAGACACUUUCUCCAAGAACAUGAACAUCAAAAUGAAGCACGAGAUGUCGGUCUUUAAGAAGUCCUCGUCCCGUCUGCGUUCUUUUCUCCAGCAGCAUGCGGGAUUGGUUCUUUUGACAGCUUUCACUCUGGCCACUGGGAUGAUUGUCAAUAAUUCAUCCAGUUCUCAUCAGAUUCAGAGCUCCUCGUCUUUCAGUGUCGUUGUGGGUAGCUUUGUGUUGAACAAUGCGCUCAUUUUUGGGUUUGCUACUCUGGUGGCGACGUUGGUGAGCAGCGUCGUGGAGGUAUGUGGUGUGGUGGUCAGGAUGGUGCUGAAACGGGUGGUGGCAGCUGCUCUUCCGAAGGAUAGCAAAAAAUUGGUAAGGACUUCUUGGUACGACACCUACACGAUAGUCAACUCUCAAGAACCUACUCAACAUCCUCGCCAAUAUCAUCAAGUCCGCAAGAACCGCAUCCACCUCCUUCUGGAGAACACGAUCGCUCUGUGCUUCGUCUCUCUCGCCAUCUUGGACUUCGUCCAUCUCCAAUACCUUGGCCGCAAAAUGCACUUCCCUAGUUUCAUCAAGAUCUUUCUGGGCGCAGAAUAUGCUAGGAGUGGCUUCUACCUACACCAAUGGUGCGAGGAAAUUGUGACGUCUGCGAUGGCGCAGGUGGUGUGUGCGGUGGUGCUGUUGGUGUCGUUGUCGAUGUCUUUAAGCAGCACGACGGGGAGUGCGAAUCGGCGAACAACUCAAAAAGGGACUCCACACGAACUACCUACAGAUGACAUAAAUCUGGAUCAUGUUGUCACGGAAAGCACGACCCCCACAUCUGCCUCAUCUCCGUCACAACCAACACGUACGUUCACGCGCACUCUUUCCUUCAUUGCCAAGACUCUACUGCUGGGUGCUUCUGUAGCAGCAGCAGCACUCGUCUUUCUAUUGCUUCCCUUUUCCGGAGAGACUAGCAACGCACAUCAAUUUGGCAACAUGUUCCCAACCUCCUCUGCCCAACUCUUUCGUGAAUCUCUUGUCAUACGCAUUUUACAGGCUCUUCCAUUGCGCACUUCUCAGGAAAAAAGCCUACUUUCGUGGAGUGACGACAGCAUUCCCGCUCACAUGGAUGUCGAAAAUACUGGAAAACCACUUGUACGGAGACAACUGCUGGUUGCUAGUACAACAGCUCAGGAGAAAGAUGGCGAGGAUGGAACUGGGGAGAGUCUACUAGGCGGACUUUUUGGUCGAAGCCUUGCUGGUGGUAGUAGUCAAGGAGGUGCUUCAUCUGGUGCUUUUGCGCCAGUGGAAAUCGAAGAAAUCGACACGAGGAGGGAGUUGCAAGAAGAAGAGCAAGAGAAACAAGACGAGCACUACGUCUUCUUCAUCGUGGAGUCGUUGCGGUCUGAUGCUUUCGAAGAAGUGUUUCUUAAAGAUGAGGUCACAAGGAUGUUUGACCUCUCAACUUCUUCUACCGCAUCGUCUUCUUCUGCCUCGUCAAGUGCAUCAUCUGCUUCUUCUUCUCCUUCAGAAAGUUCAACCAUCCGUCCCGUCUUCCUCACUCUCGACGCUUACGCCGCUUUCCCAAACACGUUGAAGAGUGCACUCCAAUUCUUGUGUGGUCGUCCGGCUGAAGCCGGUUUCUCCUUCGCAGAAUGGCGGGAAGUGGUCACUAGCGAUAAGAUCAACACUUGUUUGCCACACCUACUGCGAUCGAAGAAGAGGUUCCGAACCAUGCUCCUGUCAACCGGGGAACACGCAAACCAUGUCCUCUCAGAGGAACUACUAGCUGAUUUAGGCUUUGAUCACGUUGUUGGAAGAGAGACACUACUCGCUGGAACUGGAAACGAAAAAAUGUUGGACAACACUUUCGCUUCUCCAGAACUGGCAAGACGGGUUGUGCAACGAUAUCGAGACUUCGUCCUUGCUUCCACUACAGCGUCUUCAUCCAGCACAUCCACAUCAAAAGCACAUCUUCAAGGAGACAAAACUUUCGCCUUCAUCUUUCUGCUCGAUUCGCACGCGAAGUGGCACCAUGGAAAGUGGGACAGGUAUCGACAGGGAAUCGAGUAUGAGAAGGGGAUCAUUCGGGAUAUUGCGAAGGUUGCAGCUGAUUUUGAACAGAUACAACAGAGGACUACCACCAUGACCAGCAGCAAGAGAACUUCUUCAUCUUCAACCUCUACUAAUACUAGACCACGUGGUACCUCUACUAGUAAGUUUUUCCUCAUUGGCGAUCAUGGUGAGAUGUUCGGAGAACAUCGCGAAUGGCGACACGGUCCGUCCUUGUUUAAUGAAGCAUUGAGAGUGCCGAUUGUUGUUUGGGGGAAUGGGCUUAGAAGUGGAAGUGGUUCUUGGGCUCCUUCUAGAAAGCAGCUGCAUGAGCAAGGUAGUGCCAUCUUCUCCCUCGCUGACCUUCAUCCUACGAUUUUGGAAGAAGCAGGCCUGCGCAUCGCUUCACAAAACAUUCGUAGUGAUUUGAUCCAACAUGCAACGAGUCUGUUUCAAGGAGGAUCUUGUGGCGGCGUUGAAUUUUUGGGACAUGAUGAUCAUCAAUUCUCGGAAGUGCAUCAAGAAGAUCCUAGAAGUACUUCUUCUACGUCUGGUCUCUUCUUCCGUUCAGUCUUCGACGAUACCACGAGAGCUUACAUCAGUUGCGACGGCCGUUGGAAGAUGCUAGCUGAUGCACACCAUUAUCCUACCAGACACUAUGUGGCUUUUGAUCUCCAUCAAGAUCCUACGGAGCGUUCUCCGCAUAUGGACGUUGCAUUGCUAUCGCCCUACAGACCGCAGAUAAUGGCUAGUGAUUUGCGUUUUUUUCAGGAAAUGUUGAGGACCGUGUUCACUGCGUUAUUUUGGGAGGAGACGGACGCGGAACAAGCCACGGAAUCUGCUACCGCAAGGACGACCACAAGUCCCGCAGCAUCAAAGAACACUUACAGCAUCGCAAUCAAGCGUCAUCUCGCAGAGUUUGAGACUGUUUUUUUCAGUCGCGACAUUCGCCGUAUGCUGUUGACGCAAAACGGGCUCGUUGUUACUCGCGUCGCCGUCAGCGGUUGUUCUUCUUGGGCAGCCAACGGGGAGUAUUCCGCAGUCUGCGGUGGCGGUGGUUCGUGUAGUGAAGCUGGCGGCUCUCCCAUUUAUCGGAAAUGCACGAGUGUUGCGCCAUCCAGUUCCGACAGCCUGUGUUCAUCGACCACGUCGACGAGGGCUGUGGAGCGCGUGGUUACUGGUGGAACGUCAAAAUGGGUGAUCAGCUACGAGGUAGUGUUCAACAGUGGCCGCAGUCGAAGUCGUUUGUUUGCAUCUGAAGUUGCAUCAACGCAACUGUACCCGCCGGAUUCAGGAUGGAGCAGCGGUUGUGCGCUCACUUUGAGAUACGCCUCGGUACAAGCAGCAAGUCCCGCGCCGGCACCUUCACCGGCAACGACUCCUUCCCCGACGCCAACACCGACAGCCACUCCACCACCUUCACCGGCAGCGACUCCUUCCCCGACCACGACGACAACGACCACAACGAUUCCUGCGGGUGUCGCUAUGCAGACGAGUACGUCUGUCCUGUUCCAGCUAUCGGCGAGCAGUAAUGUGCAAACCAUUAUUUCCGAUGCAGAUUUUCGAACCUCUUUGCGUAAUGGCAUCGCAGCCGCCGCUGGAGUAGCGGUUGAUAAUGUGAAAGUGCUGUCGGUCAGUGUGGCGAGUGGGCGUUUGAGAGGACUCACCGAAGUGGAGAUGUCUGGACUGAAGAACUACAUGGAUAUGGAUUUCUCGGAUUUGGAAUUGAUGUCGAUGCCAGAAUUUCCGCUUGCACUAUCUUCUGAAACGGUCACGGCUUCUGCUUCCCGCCACUUGCAGGCUGCCGUCAAAAUCGACGUUGACUUCAGUGUCUACGUCGCUUCCGGCCCUAGCUCAUCUGAUGCUCAGACCACGCAGACUGCCCUCCAAACCCUUACAAGCAGUGCUGUCGCCUCUCAAGUUUCUGUGCCUGCUUCUGUGAGUUCACAACUACUCUCAGUCGAUACGGAUCCAAAUGCCUCCAGUUCGAACACGAUCGUGAUGACCCCUGUUGCCAGUGCGAGCGAUUUUCCGCUCUCAGGCAACGGCCCGCAUCACCUUUUUCCGACUGUUGUGGUUGACUUGGCUCAAUCAACAAGUGGCGCUUUCAACUUGAACAAUCAAUUGGCCAGCAUUUUCGCCAGCUUGAUGACCAGGAGAAAUAUGCAAGGUGUUUUGACUGUGGCUAACAAAGACAACAGUGCAUCUGGUAGUGGAUCUUCUGGUUCCUCUGGAACUGGGAGUUCCUCUAGUAGUACAACCACAACGCUAUCCCUCGACUGGAGUGAGAUUUCUAGUGUCACGUUCGCAACUGUUGCUGAUCAGCCAACUGCCACUAGUGGUUUCGAAACCAGGUUUGUAGCUUUGGUUACAACCAGUGUGACCUACGACUCUACUGCGAAUGGACCAGCGAUGUUGCGGAAAGCCGUGGAAUUGUCAGAGUUGCUACUGAUUCCGCCAUUUCAGGCAUUGUGUGAUGUGUUUGAAUUGCCGGUUGUUGGGGUCACAUCUUCUUCUCCUGGAACGGCAAGCUCAACCUCUACUGCUUCAGGAGGUAUGGAUAACACUGUUGGAACACUUCGGUCCGGCACAACAGCAGGAAUAACUGUUCCCGACCGUAGUUUUGGUGCAGUCACGGAAAUUCUAGCAACUUCAAGUGCCUCGUCACAAACUCCUGUGUUGCAGUUUGAAACCGCGUUUUCUGCGAAAGUUCUAGACUACACCGCUUUCCGUCAGGAAGUUUUACGCCAAUUUGCGGCCUCUGCGCAAGCGGACAGUAAUACAGCUGAUUUUGGUGGUACCUACGAGAAAUCUGAGGACACGGACAUGAGUGGUUUUCCGCGUUGGGCGAUUGUAGUGAUCGCAGGAAUCGCAGUCGUGGCAUUAGGUGUGGGGCUUUGCUAUGGUCCGGACAUCAUUCGCAGUAUGAAGAAACCGGGUGCAGCAUCUUCUUCGCCUAAAAAGCCCAAUAACUCCAAGGGGCAAGAGUUCUCAUCCCCAUCACCAGGGGGUGAAAAAAUGUCUUCCAGGAUGGACGACUACAACCUUGCUACGGGUGAGCACGCUUACUCAACUUCUAUCGACGAUGAAGCAGUUGCCAUGACUUUGAACAGCAAGGCUAAUGAAGGAAAGAAAAAGAAGAAAUCUUCGUCUUCUAGCGGCUCGGCAUCAGUGUCUUCAAUUUCAGCAAGUGAUAUGGGCCACAGCAGUCACUCGUCUGCUAGUGCUGCGAUCGAAAAAGCGAAGAAGAAGAAAAAAACCAAGUCACAAUCUAGUACAGAUAGCUUUAUGUGACAUCAGCAGGGAGGUGUUGAGCAUGGAUAAUUCAUGAUCAAUGAAACUUAUAUCUAGGUAGAUUUUAUUACUACUCGCGCUAGCAGAGGUAGAGCCUUCUUUCAAAGAAGGACUCUCCUGCUCCUCCACGCAUAACCGCCUUGCGCCUCUGAAGCAAGAAUAUUUGACGUGUGAAGUUGCAAAACAAAUAUUCACAAUUGCAUGCAAGGCUUACAGAUACAGUUGCGGGCCUCAGAGGUGAAUCGCAAAACGCAUC